AUGCCUCGAGCCUCGUCCAACCCCAAAUCUUUUGAGCAAGUCUUGCUCGAUAAGAUAUCCCUAGACGAUGAAAAAUGGGAAUUCCAGGUUGAACGGCUACCUACUGCCGAAGCAGCAAACAAAUUGAAACUCAUCAAAAUGGUCACCCUUUCGACAAAGAACUCUCAGCAUCGGCUCGAUCUCCGCUACGGGCCUGUGGACAUGAAUCGUGCUAUCCAAGAUGUGCCUCUGGAUCGAUAUCUUGUGGUAUCGCUCGCUGAAUUUCGCCCCCUCAAAGGCGCCGGCCCUUCAGCUUCAUCAGAGGGAGCUGUAGAUAAGGUGAUACAGCCGACAACUUUUAGAGAAUGCUCAGACUAUGCCGUCAGAUUACUUCGCGCUGGAAUUACUAUACAAGGAGUCCACUACAACUUUUACGGCCACAGCAAUAGCCAACUCAAGUCUCGAACCUGCUAUCUCUGCGCAGCCUCCAAAGAGCAGAUCGCGCAGAAAGUGGAAGCGUUAGGCGACUUUACAAAGAUGAAGACGGUAGCCAAAAAGGCAAAGCGAAUUGGCUUACUGUUUUCAGUUGCUCGUGCAGCGAUGCAAGUCGAUCCGAAAAAGGUCGAAGACAUCCCAGAUAUCGAAGUGGGAGACUUUAUCUUUACGGAUGGCUGUGGGCUGAUUGCACCGGGACUUGCUAGCCAGCUGUCGAGGCGUAUCAAGAUCGCAUUUCGCAACAUGAGAUACACGCCUUCUGUCUUUCAGAUACGAUAUCGUGGAUAUAAAGGGGUUGUGACGCUGGACCCGACUAUGGCAAAGGGGGGACCGUGGCUCAAAAUGAGAAAAUCAAUGAAAAAGUUCAGCGGAGGCGAUGACCUGUCCUUUUCGCCGUAUGUGUUUGGCAAUCUCAACGACGAGGUGAUUGUACUCCUCGAUGCUUUAGGUAUCAGCCGACAAACUCUCCUUCGCAAACAGCAAGAGCACUUCGACUUUCUUGCUAAAGCAUACAAAGACCCGCGAGUUGCUUUUAGAAUUCUCUGCCAUUUGAACAUGCCAGAGGUUGCCGAGCGGGUGAUUAUUGAUUCGUUGGACGCCGUACGGCCAAAAAUCAACAAACUAAUCAACGCUGAAUACGACAAGAUGCUGAACAAGCGCGACGAACAAAAGUGUCGUAUUCUAAUCCCAAAAUCAAGGCUCUUGUUUGGCGUUUGCGAUGCCUGGGGAGUCUUGAAACCGGGCCAAUGUGCCGUCAAAGUCACCAUGGAUGGGGAUGGGCAGCCUUAUGCGUUGAAAGGCAUGAAAGUAUUGGUAACGAGGAACCCUUGCUUACACCCAGGCGAUCUUCAAAAGCUCGAUGUUGUAGAGCGGCCUGAACUUGCACACUUGGUUGACUGCAUUGUCUUCCCUACAACAGGACGACGGCCAACGGCGGACAUGAUGUCGGGAGGCGAUCUAGACGGCGACACCUUUUUCGUGACAUGGGAUCCAGAUAUUAUCCCAUCGACUAUAUCCCAAGCGGCGCACUACCCAGGAGUCCGCGAACCUCUGAGAUUUUCGCCAAUAACAGAUGAUGACCGCUUACUCUACUUUGCGAAAUAUACAAAUGCGUCGCUAGGUCGUGUCAAGAAUCUCUAUCUAAAGUGGGCGAGGGCCUCAAAUGCUAUGAGUUCCGAGUGCCAGGAACUCAAUCGGCUAUUCUCCCAGUGCGUGGACGGCAAUCGUAUCAAAGACGAUCAACUCAAGAAAUUCGAAAAGCCUCCAGAACCAGGCGCAGAAGCGCCCCCUUUCGUUCUUGACGAGCUUCACGAAGCAGCCAAGGACAUCAUCGUAAAGCAAAAGAACAUGGCCCGGAGUCACAUGGAUAACAUGGAAGGGUAUACAUUUGACGGCAUUCAGCUGUUGCUGUGUAGAGAUAAUGUUGCCAUUUCUGAGGCUGAAUUAAUCAGGAUGGCUGUGAGAUGGUGUAGGAGAACAAACACCUCUUUCUACCAUUUGAUGCACAUGUUUGACCUUAAUUCUCUAAAUUCAGAAGACAAGGCAUGGGUAUUGGCUCAAGUGCCCACCUACAGUGAUGCUCCGAGCCUAGUUCUCAAUGCACUCAGCUCCUCAAGCUUGGUCACCGAGGCAGAGCUGAAGCAUUUCCAUCUCGACUAUCCAGGCCUUCAUUGGAAACGAGUCUACACAUCCGAGCAAGAUCGGCUAGCCACCUUUCUAGAAGCAGCAAGCAGAAAUCUCGAGCUGUUUCACAAAAAACUCAUCGUCUUCCGUCCCGAUGAGCGACUGACGUUGGCAAUGUACGUGCCGCAAAAGAUCACGCCGGCAGAUGACUUUGUGGUGGGCAACAGGGUUAGGCUGUUUGCUUUUCCGCAUUCUCAGGGGAGAGAGAAGCAAAGCCGGCUUUCUCUGCCGACGAAGAAGGAGUACCGCCUCUUUUGCGAUGAGAACAGAUUCCAGCUUUUUGAUGGAAGUGUGAGGAAUACGUGGGUGUAUAUUGGUCGUGGAGGAUCGAAUGACAGUAGUUAUCGCAAUGCGGCUCGAGAACAAGACCGCCGGAGGGCAAGACAGGAGACGCUUGAGAAUGGAACCAAUUUUGACUACAGAGCAAGUGUUGCGCUGGACAAGUUUAGUAGGAAUCUGCAGAGCCAUAUUGGGAGGUUACAGAGACAGGGCAUCUUGGCCGCGGAGAUCUACAUUAUUAGCAACAGGGACGUCAGUUCAAUGCGCAAUCUGGAUCUAUGGGAGGAUUAUAUUGGCACAGAGCAAAUCUUGCCCCUAUUCCCACGCGAACCCAAAGAAUACGACAUCCCAAAGCUCCAGGAGAUAGAUUGGUCCCUUGGCGCACAGCCCCCUCUUGUGGUCGAAGUUGUAAAGAAAAGGAAUCUGUCUGCCCUCCAAGACGUGUUGGAUCCGGCGACUUUGCAGCAACUAUUCAUCUGGCUGGUGGAACAUGAGCAGAGAGGACUGCUUACACGCUGCUUCGAACACUUGAUUGCGAGCAUCAAGAGCGACAAAGUGAUGGCCCCAGAGGAUACUCUGCGUACCAUGACCAACUCCUUGCAGAUAAUACCCUACGUCUCAGUUACGUUCGCGAAUUUGGGCCCAUGGAGAGAAUUGCCAGAAGAACUAAAUGUUGUGUUGCAGAAUAGCAGCCACAUUCUACUCCGCAGCAUUAUCUUGUCCGAGGCCGAAUUUGGGGAUCUUGUGUUGACUCCUUUUCACACUAUCUUGGACAAUGUAGACUGGCUUUCGCUGGAUUGGUUUUCCGACCUCGUCGAGUUGAUUGCGCUUACAGUUCAUUCGUCGAGCACAGCGCUGGAUCUUCUCCUCGAAGGCCUUGAUAGAAAUAGUUCAAGGCUGUUGACUGGUCGACCGGCCAUUAUUCAAAAUUUCGUUCAUAACAUAAUUGGCAUUGCGGUAGAGCACAUUGGGACGGUGCAAGAGGAAGCGAAAACGAGAGACGAGCUUCUGAAUAUCCGAAUUGCCAGCGACAAGAAAGAAACAGACACGAACACAGAUCAACCAGGAACUCUAGUCGAAGUGUCUUUCAGAAUCGAUGCCAUUGGCGGCACGCCGAUAUCCAAUACCCAUGUGCGACUUAUAACAGCCAGUCCACCUUUAAGCUCGAUAUCAGACAGGGUUUACUCAAUGGACGGACUGGUUGUCGAGAGCAGGUCAGGGUUUGCCAAAAUACGCUGCUUUCAUCCGCCGCCGUCUUACGUUGAAAAGUCCUCUUGGGUGUUGGAAGAAUGCGGCUUGUUCGUGACUGCAAAGACGAUGCUCGAUGCCGUGCGUGAUCUUGCGAGAUUUGAAUACGCUUGCUGUGGAGUGCUUGAUCAAAUCAUUGGGAUUCAGCCUCAAGCCAAUGCCAGCACACCAGCCAUUACUGAGAAUGCAACCCAUGAGGCAAUACCAGUUUCAACUCUAUCUGCAGCAGAGGCAUCGUUAAACCCAAGCCAAAAGGCCGCAGUAGAAGCAGCACAAAGUAACAAGCUCGUUUGUCUUUGGGGCCCGCCCGGCACUGGCAAGACGCAAACCAUUGUUGCAAUCAUCAGAAGGUUGCAGAGAGAUCCCAAUAUCGGCAAGAUACUAGUCACUGCCCCAACUCACAAUGCUGUGGACAAUGUCAUGAGGCGAUAUCUCGGUCGAAUUAGCCAGGAAGGUCUCUUGCAAAGCCCAAAGAUGGCUCCCCUGCGCGUGGCCACGGAAGUCAGAAAGGUCGGCGAGGAUCUACGAAAGUACACAUGCGAUGCAUUGGCCGGUCAGGAAGUAUACUCUAGCCAUGCUGCCAUGCGUCAGGCAAAGCAGCGUGUCAAGGCUGCUGAGAUCAUCUUCACCACCUGCAUCGGUGCUGGAUUAGGCCUGCUGAGAGAUCAGGUAUUCGACACAGUGAUUGUCGAUGAAGCGUCACAGCAGACAGAACCUGCAUCACUUGUGCCGCUGGCCAAGGGGUGCCAAAAGGCAAUUCUCGUGGGUGACCAUGUUCAACUGCGGCCAACCGUGCAGAAUAUCGCGUUGGCGCUCGAUUUCGACGUCUCGCUAUUUGAAAGGCUAUAUACCCGAGAUGGAACUACACCUAACAUGGUCAGGGUGAUGUUGGACACACAGUAUCGAAUGCAUCCAUCCAUAUGCAGCUUCAUCUCGAAGGAGUUUUAUGAGUCAAAGCUGUUGUCUGGGCUUAGGGAUCAAGACAGGCCGAUGCCGCUUUCAUCAUUUCCCUGGCCCGCCUCACCGGCUACAAGUGACGUAACUCACGUUCCUCGGAUGAUCUUUGUCGAGUGCUCUGGAAGAGAGGAUUUAGGUCACAAGUCCAAAUCAAAUAAAGAGCAGGUAGACCUGUGCCUCUCGAUUUGCAAACUCCUACGCACGGCUAGAACUACCAAUAACACAUCCAUCGCCGUGUUGACGCCAUAUUCACGACAAUCUGAACUGCUCCAACGAGCGCUGUCGGGAAUUCAAAACAUCGAAAUUUCUAGCAUUGACGGCUUCCAGGGACGCGAAGCUGACAUUGUUAUCUUCGUCACUGUUCGCUGCAACGAGAGCCGAGAGAUUGGGUUUCUCAAAGACCUGCGUAGGAUGAACGUGGCUCUCACCAGGGCCAAGUAUGGAAUGAUUGUUGUGGGAAACAAGGCGACGCUGACGGGUGGGAGGGAGGAGGAAGAGAGUACGGGGAUGUGGAGGAGGUUUAUGGACCAGCUCUCCAGUGUUGUUCUUUCUUAA